UAUUUUAAACCUGAUUUUAAAAGUAAUUUUUCAGGAAGUUAAUAUGACAAAUGAAAGUUUUAAAUCCAUUCUUAUUGACAUUGAAGGAACAACUGUCCCAAUAUCGUUUGUUAAAGAUAUCUUGUUUCCUUAUGUACGUAUACAUUUACGUCAGUACCUAGAAAAAGAGUUUUCAAAUGAUGAAUGUCAAGAGGCACUUCGUGAUCUGUCAAAUCUUGCUCUUGAAAAUGGUACACUUCCAAUAAUCAAUCUUUAUGAUGAAAAAGAAAAAAUCGUCAAAGAUACUUUAGAUAAUGUUUUUUGGCAAAUGGACUCUGAUAUGAAAACAACUGCACUAAAGAAACUACAAGGUUUAGUUUGGAAAAGUGGGUUCAAUAGUAAACAGUUGGUAGGAGAGGUAUUUCCUGAUGUUGUUCCUGCGUUAAAAAAAUGGAAUGAUGAUGGUAUAAAUUUGUAUAUUUACUCAUCAGGAAGUGUAAACGCUCAAAAAUUAUUAUUUAGAUAUUCUGACCAGGGUGACAUGCUUGAGUUUUUCAAAGGUCAUUUUGAUACAGCCAUUGGAUCUAAAAUUGAAGAGGAAUCCUAUUUAAGAAUUGCUGAGAAAAUUAAAACAGCUGUUGAGGAUAUACUUUUUUUAACAGAUAGUGUAAACGAAGCCAGGGCUGCAACAUCUGCAGGGAUUAAAACUGUCCUUUUGAUUAGACCUGGUAACCAAGAUUUGCCUCCUGAAAUCGAGUUCGAAUGCGUAAAAUCAUUUGAUGAUAUUUCCGUUUUCAAAAAUAACUUUAAAAAAUAAAAUUUUAUUAAAUUAAAAACUAUCAUUUACUAAUGUAUUAGUAUCUAUUUGGACAUUAUAAAUCUUUAUGUUUAUAAAAAUAUUGAAUAGCA